AUGGAUGGCCUCAGCACAGAGCUCGUGGCUCUCAUUCUUUUACAGCUGCGAGAAAUCCACGCACCAUCACUAGCAGCAGUACGGCUCGUCUCCAGACGGCUCUAUGAUAUCACGACGCCAAUACGAUACGAGCGCUUGCGCCUCACUGAGCGCAUUGUGUCGCCAGAGAGCGAGGUCCACAUGGCCCAUGGGCUAAGGCAUGUACUUGCAUUUACGAGACACGUGGAGGUUCUGGAAGAUCUGGACCCCGAGAACGUCAGGCGUGUGCUGAAUGGCAUGAACAGCUUGAAAUCCGUAAGAUGGAAGUACCACGCCCCGCGGCUGUGUUCAGGGGGCUAUUGGCUGCCAUCUGAUGUCCUCAAGCCGCCGGCUCAAUCAAUCUACCGGCAGAGGGUACGACUGGCCAUUGAAGACCUUCCCCUAGAAGAUUAUACCGGCCAGAACCAGGAUGCGUACCUUCAGGCCAUACCAGCACCUCUACUCGUUUCUCUAAAAGCCGAGACCCGAUUUCCACUUCGCACGCCUCAACUCGACUCGCUAAAAAGUCUCCUAAUCAAAUCGAGGGGACUCGAGACUUUCCACUACAACGACAAUGGGCAGGGAACACGCUUCGCCUUUCGCUCUGGCGAAAGGCUGCCACCGAUACAAGAGCUCGAGCUGCGAUCAUAUGAUUGGAACCAUACGAGUGCGGAGGCUGGGGCACAUUGGGACUUUAGUCGGCUCCGAACGCUUGUAUUGGUUGAUGUUCCUCUCAAUCAGUUCCUGUCAACAGUGCCAGCCUCGGCUCUGUCGCAGAUCACAAGCCUGGAGUGUGGCGACUUCAACCCUGGUUCACCCGCGGUGCGUCGCACGGCAACGGCGCUGCUGGCGUCCCUCAUCAACCAGAUCGAAGAGCUUCAGGAGCUCAAAAUUACUUGUCAAACAAGUGAACUUCCUGUCAGCGUCCUGACUGCGCAUGGCCAGACUCUACGGUCCUUGCGGUUCCGUGACCACGUCGGCUUUGCUGAGGACGACAUCUGGUGUCCCACAAUGGCGAUAGAUGAUCUGAUGAGCCUAUCGCAAAGAAUGCCGGUGCUGGAGAGUCUUGAGGUCGACCUGGAAGUCAGGCAAUAUCAUGGUUAUCCGAGCAAAUUCCUCUCGGGGCUGUGUCGCUUUCCGCAGCUCAAGCGGUUGACGCUGCAUGUGCAGACGUUGGUGAAUCCGUUCGACGAAGACGUGGACAUGGACAACGACAAGGAUAUGGAAGCCGCAGAAGACAUGUGCAACUACCUCGUUGUCGAAAAAGCUCGGCAGCACCAACAGAACGGCCGUAGCGGUAUCCCCGGAUGGGAUCAGAUCACGAUCAACGUGGGCGGUUGGGGUCCUGUACAGGUGCGCCGCCUGAGCGAAGCUUGGAGGGAGAGAAAUGAGCAAGGGAUCUUCGCGGAGAGAUGCUUCGUCUUCGAGCGACAGCCCUUGAACUCUGACGCGGAGUACGAAAUGUAUGAGCGGGCCAACAUUCGCGAUUGA